GCGGGACAGACUACAAAAUGGAGAGAAAAGUCUGGCAAUGACUCCCUUGCAAACCCUGCAUCAACAUGGAAUAUGAGCAAGGUCAUUGCGCAGGCUCUGUGACUGAGCCAUGACCGCAUGGAAGUAUCAGCCUGACGUGCAUCCUUGACCUCAGCACCCAAAAUUUUAGCUGUCCUAGAAUUCUCUCCAACAUGCGUCCUAACCGCCGCCUCCGGUUGUCAUCUUGCCUCCGCGACGUUAAGAGGAGAAAGAACGAACUCGGGGGAAUAUUGCAGCACCUGGACAGAACUGAGAAGACUUUUCUCGCAGGGGAACAGCUUCGAAAACAGGGCAUAGAGCUGUCUGACCUUGACUUUCAUUCCGGGAAGCUAUACUCUCCUUCGGCCGUCCCAUACUUCAUGCCCAUUUUGGAUGAUAGUCGGGAAUUUCUGAAAAGCACACGAGACCUGGUCCAGGAUGGGGAUAUUCAAUCCAGAUGCUUCUCUAAGGCAGCUGGAGACCAAGAAGGAGGCUGGCCUGAGGAUCCUGCCACGAUAAUGAGACGCCAUUUGUUUUACAUCCAGGGCAAAUCCGAUUGGCACGUCAUCCAGCGGGGCAAGUCGAAGAGGGGACGAGGAUGUGACCGCUACUUCGAGAUGCGAAUUGCCAUUGAGUCACACAGCAAGCUUCAGUCUCACCAGAUGCUAAUGACAGUGAUGAACCCGUGUGCGUCGCAACGCACAAUGUCAGCCCAUGAAGACGAGUUCACAGCAGAUUGCCGUCCAUCCGUCUCCGAGUUGACCAUGCUCGUUAGCUGGAUGUUGGGUGGUAUGAUUCAUCAAGAAGAAGAAAUAUUGGCGAUGGCAAAUAAGCCAAGGCUCCCGACAUUGCGAAUUCAUGUCAUCUUUCCGACCCUCGUAUUUUCUUUUGUGCGACCAGCACGAGUUCGAAUCCUCUACGGUUACUUUGAGGGCACGCUCAAGGUUCAGGCCACUAAGCUCCAGGAUAUCAACGUUUCAAACUACACAGAGAUGAUGGAAUCUCUUGUUUGAUGGGGGUAUCCUACGAAAUACGGAGACACUCGAAUGGGUGCACCGCUUUCGCCUAUCUCUGAAGAUGAUGAGGAUGAACAUAACGAGAUCCCUCAGAAGUGCUAUGCCGAAAGCUCUCUAUCCGUGGCUUAGCGGCCAGUCUUGCUUACAUUAGGAUUCUAACGUUGCACUGCUUAUCGUCAGCAAAUGUAGAGACACUCACCUAGCUACAGCUAACCGUGUUCCACAUGCAGGUCUGUUCAAAAUCCCCUUGCAGAAUGGAUUUGAAUAUUUAUUGAAAUGACCUUGAUGUAACGUAGUAAUCAUUCUGCUGUUAUUUUUGUGAAUUAUAAAGGACAAUAAAAUAUGUAUUUCCGUACGACUCGCAUGAG